AGUAGGGACACCUGCUGAGCACUGGAAACAACUCAGAGAAGCCUCAGUUGUCCCUUUGCUCUGGCAAGUCUCCCUGUUAGGAUUUCAUAGAGCAAAAUGUGGUCACACCUGUCGCUCUUAACCUGGAUGUCUUGGGGGAGAGAGGAUGAGGACAAGAUGAUCAUCUCAGGUGACAAGGAAGGACCUGCAGAUUUCCUGUGUCACAAAUGCUCUCACAACCUUCUGAGCCCAGAUUAAUCAUGGUCGCCUCCCAGGCCCAGCUCGCAGUGUUCCCUAAGCCAUGAGCUGGCUUCACUAUGCUGAUGGUCUCUGCAUUUUUUCCACCUUCUGCAUGGAGAACCGAAGGGAGGAAAACUAGAGGGGUCCAGAGUACAGACAGUCCUGUCUCAGCCAGUGAGACCUAGGUAGAUCUCUGAACUACCAUGUCCCACAUGGGACACAGAGACACUCCAAGACACUCAGCAACUGGCCUAAGGUCGAGGCAGGAAGCAGAGCAGGCAGGACUCAAACCCAGAUCACUGCAACCUGUAUCUCUGUGCGAAAGACGGGCCCAGGAGCUAGGACCCAUCCUAAGCCCCGGUCUGUCCUCAAAGCCCAUUCUCUUUCACUCCUGAGUCUCUAUGACAGUUCAGGGAAAUAAAAGUAAACCAACCAGACACUAACAGCAGCAAUAAAGCCUCACUGAUGAGAGGAGGGUGUGGCUCAGAGGGCCAGCUGUGGGUAAGACCCUGGGCUGCAUCCCUAAUGCUGGAGCAGUAGAAGGAUACUCCUCGAGUAGGUUCUGUUAGUCAGAAGGUCCCGGUCUCUUUCAUCUCUUAACAGUGCACAGACAUCUUUUUUUCCCUAAUUGUGAAUUAGCUCUACCUUUAUUUCUUUUAUUUAUUUGGCUGUUUAGAUGAUGUCUCACUAUGCAGCUCUGACUCCUCUGACUGGCCUAGAACUCACAGAGAUCUACCUGUCUCUGCCUCCUGAGCACUGGGACUAAGGUCCUGUGCCACCACGCCCAGUCUAGUGUUCUCUAGUUUUGACACUCUCUUGUGUCUGGUUCUUGCCCUGAGCUCUUGUCACCUCUUUGAGGUAUGUGAUCCAUGCCUUUUCAUCUUUUCAUGCCAGAGCUGGUUGGCUUCUGAUGACAGCUCAUCCUGCCAAUGACGAGGGCUGUGUCAGUGGGUGCCCCCACAGCCACUGAGGACACUGGCCUGUAAUGUUUAUAGGUUUCUCUGGUAGCAACACUCCCUCCUGCAAAGCCAGUUUCUAUCUGCCAAACAUUUAACAACCAGCUCCCAGAAUCCCUGCAAAGUUAACAAGCCAGAGGGAAUUAACAGCCUCCAGGGCCAAUCUAGGCGGGGCAUAUCCAUUAUCACAUCCUCUAUUUCUCAACUUCUGGAGGCCCUAGGCAAGGCACAGAGGCUUAGAAACACACAAAAUAGGAAGCUGCUUUUGACUUACAGAAGAUUUAGUCAGCUACUUAGAAAAAACACAAGUAAAUGACCGAGCAUUAGACUUGAGAGUGGAGAGCAAUCCCAGAAUGUCCAGGUUGGGUGUCGUCAGAAAAGACCUUGGGAUGCUGGCCCUUGAGGAAUCCCAGCCCCGUGGGAGACCCUGCAAAUCCAUAGUUGUAGUCAAAGUGAGCACUAGCUCCCCAGGAGACAAACACGGGAUAUAGGGGCACACAAAGGAAAGGGAGAAUUCCUCCAUGUUACUGGGACUUAACUCUCAAGCUGAUGAUGGAAGACAGGGCAGGGGUUGGGGGCAGAGGUGAGGGGGAGAUUUAGGCAGAGGUGUAAGAGAAUGGUUUCACAAAGGGACAACCUGGCAAAGGCACAGCAGUAGAGAGGGUGGCCCUGAACACAGGGCAUCUCUGCAUGGCUCCAUGAGUUCCCCGUGGGGAAAGAGGUGACUUGCAGACGGUGUUUCAGCUUACAGCUAAAAUGGGGAGCCACUGAUGGCUUCCAAAGCAUGAGGCAAUAGGAUCUGAUGUGUGUUUUAGAAAUGCAGGUGUCCGUGCAAAGGGUGAUAUGAAAGAAGCAGGCUGGGGCAAGAAACAUAGAAGACCUGAUCCAAUGAGAGACUAAUAUGGGCAGCAGGUGGGGAAGACCCAGAAUCCACUGGGAUCUGCCAGUUAUGGCCUCCGAUUGGCUCGGAGGAGACAACAAUGGCACCUCUACUGAGAAUGCGAGGCCCACUGUGGCAAUGUCUAUCUCCCUGAGAGCAGCCUCUCCGUUUCCUUUAGGAAGAAGGGACAGUCCCACCCCCACUGGCACCUGCUGCCCUACUUCCCCCAACCCCUCCUUCCAACCUCUCACAGCUACGAGGAUCCUGCAGCCCAAGGCAAUAGCCUGGCAGACUCAGCUCCCAGAACUGAUCGUCACAGUCAAGCAGGGGAAGACAGAGGCUAAGGCCCCUGUGUUCACGGAGGCAGCCCCAGCCUGGUCUUCAGAAACCUCCCAGGUUCUCCCAGAAACCUCUCCAUGUGCUGGGAGCUCUCCUCACACAGCAACCCCAGCCUGGUCUGCAGGAACCUCCCCUUCCCCAGGAACCUCUCCAUAUGCUGGGAGCUCUCCUCACACAGCGACCUCUCCUCAUGCAGGGAGCUCCCGCCCAGUCAUCUGGCCGCUCAGCAUCACACCAAAGGACUCCACGGCCAGUCGUGUCCUCGCAUCCAGUGUGUCCAUUCCAAUGGUCCGCAUGAUGGCCCCAGUCUGGGUGCUCUUGUCCCUUCUGCUGGCGACAGGUCUGAUUGCCUUUGGCAGCCUCAUGCUCCGGUGGAGAAAGAAAGCUUGGCUGGCCAUGGAGACACAGAGGAAUGAGAAGGUCUACCUCCCAGCUUCGCCACCAGGGAACAACUGGGUGCCUGAAGAUGCCAUGAUCAACCUUGCGGCGCCUCCCGAGUGUCUCAGCAACCCCAAGCCCUCCGCUGUGCCCUUCACAGAGACCCAGCACCUCGGCCAGGCUACAGAGGAAGAGGCAGCCCCUUCCCUGGACACAAAGGAGGACGAGGACGCAAUGGCAGUCCCUCCCCUGCAGGUGUCCGCACAGGAACUGGCCUCCGAGUUCAUCUCUGUGUAACCGCAGAAUGGCCCGUAAUCAGGCUCCGUAAAGCUGAACCGCUGAGUUUGCAUGAAUUCGCCGGCUCUGCUCACACUCCAGGGUUCCGUCCACCUCCCUCCAGGCUCCCUGCUUGUGUGGCCCAGAAUGGUAACGAAGUGUAUCUGUGGACCCUGGAGCCCGGCGUGGACGUAACAAUUCCAGCCAGAGGCCGGGACCUCCCCAGCAUAUUCUAAUCUCUAGGAAGAGUGCGCAUCUGCGGACCUUCCCCAGGGCCUGGAAAGGCUCAGUAGAUGAGGGCUAAGUUUGUAUGGGUUCCAGGAAAUUUCCUGGGCAUGGGUGCGCAGCAGCCGUCCCUCCUCCCAUCCCCUGCAAAUCCCACCUUCGCUUCCCUCCGAUUCUAUUGCCGCAGCUGCUGUGGAGAAGACAACAUACGUGUAUAUAAAACAUAUGUGUUUAUAAAACACCUGCAUCCUGGCCCUUCAGAAAAUCAUUAAAGCAGAAUUCUCGAGCCCUGCCCCAAACCAUCUGGAGGGCAAGGCCCGGGUCUUCACCACUCUGACAAGUGA